AUGGCGACUGGAUUUUCGCCCGCGCCGCGAAAAGAGGGCACUUGGACUAAAUUGGUCAUAUUCGCUGCGAUAUACUGCCUCAUCUUGGAAUCUACGCUUCAAUUAGCAUUGGUGCUAUACCUAUACGGCAAUGGCAGGGUUGACUCCAAAAUGACUACGAGUCUGGUGUUAGCACUAGUUUCGUCUAUUCUCUCCAUUCCCUUGAUCUCGCUUCAAAGCCUAGUCGCCUGGCAGUACAAUAAGAUUGGAGGAUUUGGAGAACAAAAGACGGUUCUACAUAAUGUCUGCACCUAUGUCCUGAGGUUAGCCCUUAUGAUGUGGCUGGCAACUAGCGUUUCUGGUCUAGUGGUUGCCGCCCAGCAAGUUUAUUGUCUACCUGAAGGGACACAUGCAACAUUUUGGCGCGUUGGUAGCAGUUGUGCAUUCCAUCGUGCCACAGUUAUUGUUUCUGUGAUCUCACUUGUUACCGUCUGUACUCUUUACUGUGCAAGAGAAUUGUGCGAUCGGCCAUAUGAUGUUUCCAUUAUUGGAAUAUAUAGACGCCAACUAGCAUACAAGGAUGGUAGUAUCUUUUCCGGUCACAGCUGGGAUAGCGAUGAAACCCUCAGAAACGAAAUCCUCAAUCUAUGCCGCCAACACGAUGGAAAAGCUGGCGAAGAACCAUGGAGUAUCGAUCCGUUGGCCAACAAGGUCAGAUGUCAUCCUAGUAUCCGGCACCCAGCCCCAGUUUGCCUACGUCCACAGCUUCGAGUCAAUACAAAUCCAGGAUCGGAGUAUGGAGAGAUCACGUCGGGAACAUCGAUAUCACCAGACGACACGCUACGUAGUUCUCCGGGAGCACACACAGUUGCUAGUGAUUUCUUCCCCAUCUCACGCACCUCAACCGUUAUGACAUCUCAAACUGCCUGCGAAUCACGAAACCUCCUCUCUGGCUUCCAUGUCCCCGAAGUACCACCUAUUCCGAGCAAGUGGGCAACCCACAUCCGAGGAAAAUCCUCGCUCUCGUCUCUGAAACGCUUUUUCCCGAAAACCUUGCCGCUUUCACUGCCCUUAUCCUCAGAUCCCCAGAUACUCGCUUUGGCAGACCCGAAUGCUGCGUCGGACGUUGAAAAACAGGUUGUCACGCCUUCAAUCAAAAGUGCCGCUCUGGAAGCAUUCCCAGAAGGAGCUAUUUCGAAGAAAGCCAGCAACACGAAAGAUCCCACUACGGCCGAACCGAAACCCUCGAAACCAGAAGGCCAUUUACGAACAAUGACCAUGAACUCAGCCGACGCCCCCGAGGUAGUAGUACAGAAGCCCGAACCUGUCAAAGUGAGACGCUCUCAAACCGCCAUAGCGACUUUCACACCAAACCAAAUCUCCCUUCAUCAUCCUCACCACCCCAAUUACAUCCCAGCUCAAAUAAACCCGCGCAAAUACUCGCUCUCAUGCAGACAGACAUCUACCGGAUUCCCUGUCCCUGCCGAACCACACAGACACAGGCAAAUCCGGCAACAACCCGUCUUCCAUCAUCCUGUGCGCAGCACCACUUACCAAUUCGACCACCAUAUUCCCCGUCAUACCCAAAGCCAGUACCAAUCACAGUAUAUCACACCUCCAGCUCGCUGGGCUAGUCUUCAUAACUUCGAUCCUAAUCGUGUGAUCUCUCCGGUACCGCGUCGCAGUGAUGUCGAAAUUAUCUAUCCUAGUACUCGCAGACCACGCAGCAGUACCCAUGGAGGCCCCACUGGACCUCUGAGCUGUAUUAUGGAGUCAAGCCCUCUGCCUCGUGCUUCUGUGGAUGAAUCCAAGGUUAUAUCUGGGUCCUCGGAGCCAACGCGCAAUGUCAUUGACCAAAUGACCUACCGUGGUGCCAAUCGUACUAGUCUGAGUUUCCAUUAG